AGAGAACAUCAAGAUGAUGCUCCACGUUUCCCCUGUAGGUACUGCAGGAAGUAUAGGGGAUCCAAGGGUUUCAAGCGUAGAGAUCAUCUCAUACAACACGUCCGGAAUUAUCAUCAUAUUGGCGAGAAUGACCGGGAUGAAAACUGGUCGUACGGACGUUAUUGGUGCCGGAAUUUAGGGUGUGCCCACAAGGCGGGAAAAGAUGGUAUAUUCUCCACCUCGAGAGAAUACAUCAAGCACAUGCGUACCAUUCACGACGAGUCCGAGUUUCCAUGCCCACAACCUGGCUGUGACCGCGUAAAUAGCAAGGGUUACUUCCGUAAGGCCGAUCUUCGCACCCAUCUUCGCAAGGUCCACGGC